AUGUCUCUCGAUAUCAGCAAAGAAGACGCUGUGAGAUUGAGGGAAAUCGAGGUCAAAAAAUUGGUGGCCAAUGAAUGGAAGGUAUUGCAUGAAGAGCUGCCAAUUAUUCAGAAAUCAAAAGGUAGAAAGGAUAUCAAGGAUAUUCCUACAAUGAAUAGAAUUAAAGAAAUAGUCUGCCAAAGAAUUGGAUAUGUUGCUACAUUCAUCUUCUUACAUACUGUUGGUACUAUCUGUGGAUGGUUAGAAGGUCCUUAUCGUAAUGUGGGCAAAAUCUUAUUAAUUCUUUACAUGUUACUUGAAAAUGAAACAUUCGGAUCCUUAAAUGAGAGGAGAAUUAUCGCAAGGUCUACAAUAUGGAGAAUUCAUCACACAAUUUUCGUUGAAUUUCAUGACCAACUUAAUGAAUGGGCUGACACUUGUUUGCAAAGAAUGUUUUCAAAUCCUAUUAUUCGAUGUCUUACUGGUAUAAUUGAAAACGAAAAAGGCUUCAAGGAUGGAACCACUUUUUUAGAUGGUCAUGAUACACGUAUUGAAUAUAGUAAUUUAGCCAAAUAUCCUAAAAGGGAGUAUUGGAGUUACAAAUAUAAAGAUUCUGGAUUAAGAACUCAAGUAUUGAUGGAUAAUCAAGAAUUAGCAAUUGCUAUUUCGAAAUCCCUACCAUGUGCUCCUAAUACAGACAUUGGUAUGUUCAAGCAAAUGGAGAGAAUCCCAAAACUAUUAGAUCCUAGUGUGGAUGUAUUGUAUUUUGAUGGUGGUUAUUUCUUGGGAAUUCCUGAUUAUAUUGAAAAAUUGCAAGAAAAAGGAUAUGAUUUUGAUGAGUCAAAUUUCAGAACUCCAAUUAGAAAACCAAGAAAUCAAGAUCUAACAUACAGUGAAGCACAAUAUAAUGAAGAAUUUGGUGCUUUUCGUGGUAUGAUUGAAACAUUAUUCUCUCAUAUUGGUGAGAAAUUCAAAUUUUUUAAUCCUCAUUCAGUUGCUAAAAUGAGUGGAGAUUUGGAAAAUGUGUGGAAUUUAAAAUUGCAUUUGUGUUGUUUGACAUUCAUAGAUUCGUAG